GCRAUUGGUUGCCAAGGCUUAGCACGGGCUCGAUACACAACACGUACCAAUGCCAAAUAAAUUAUACGUGAGCUAAUAAAUAAUUUAUCCGUGGGUUAAAAUGCUAUACGGGGCUGUUACCGGACCCUGUGCGAUACAUUUACGACCCUUAAUCCCCCAUCAUUACGUUGACAACAUGUCAGUAGGCUCGUAAGAGUUCGCUCUCUUGAAGGCACAGACCGCAUACUUAGAUUACGACUUCAUCUAGUGGUCGACAAUAUCUUGAAUAUCUGCUCUUCGUCGCCACGUUAGCCUGCCUGAUCAAAAAUAGCUUCUCAAAUGCCUUGAAAACGAACGAWAAGACGUGAAUAACCCCGAGGGAAGCUGUGAGGAUGAGAAGCUGGUUGUGGCGGCUGGUCCAGACGGUAGUUUUUACUUGCUAUAUCGCUACACAGUUUGUUAUGUACUCAAGCAUGUCAUGGCGUCUCAAUGACGCUCUGCUGAGAAUAGAGACCCUAGAACGACUUCUGAGCUCGCGUGGAAUCAAAGGAAACGUUUUYCGUACAACAUCUGUCUUUAAGGAAAACUCUGUGUUGGAGGACAACCKAGAAACMAAUCGAGCUCACGAACAUGUACGGCUAAGGAGAAAUAUUGAGAGCCCUGACACGGACAUUGCUUCGCUUUUGGACCGUUUAGAGAACGUGGAAAAGAGUUUUCUCAACAGCACAAGUGUAUCAAAAAGCUCAUACUGCUUGCAGGGUCCWCCCGGUCUUCAAGGUCUACCUGGACGGGAUGGAUUACGGGGGAAUACCGGAGAACCUGGACAACGAGGCCCACSUGGAAUCCCUGGGAGAGACGGUAGGCCUGGCUCUAAUGGUCGRGAUGGAUUCCCAGGAAGAGAUGGGGUUCCAGGCAGAGACGGUCCAGUAGGUCAGCCUGGCGUCCCGGGUAGAAAUGGUGCCCCUGGAKCAAGAGGUGAAAAAGGUGACCAAGGGCUUCCAGGACCUCCUGGGAUUAAGGGCCGUAGAGGUAAAAGAGGACCAAUGGGCCCGCCAGGAUUUGUUCCCAUGGUACCAUCUGUAUCCCCAUCAAUGAGAGUAACUCCUACACAUACCGGUCAAAAACCACGAUUGAAGGGAGGCGUUGUGUAUACGAGGUGGGGAGCGAGAAAUUGCCUUGGAAGAGGGUCAUCCUUAGUUUAUGAAGGUCACGUUGCUGGUUCAUCGUCMGUCGAGUCAGGUAGRGGMUCGAACUACCUGUGUAUGCCUUCUAAUCCUCUUUACGCAAGACCAGGAUCCAGUAACAACGAACGUGGUAAUUUGUACGGUGUYCAAUAUGGCAAUAUAGACGACAUCUUCACAAGGGUACCAUGGUUACCGAGGAACAUGAAAUACCAUGGAAUACCAUGCGCUGUCUGUAAAACUGUCUCAAGACCCUCAAGAAUAAUGAUCCCUGCUCGGAAUGUGUGUCCAGGUAAAAUAUGGACCAGGGAAUAUCAUGGGUACUUAAUGGCGUCGGGACAAAACAGCACCAAGUCCGAGUACAUUUGUGUWGACGCUGAUGCUCAAAUCAUACACCAUGAUAGUAAACAGAGGACUCAUUGGAAGUCCCUACUCACUGCUGUGAGGGGCUCGUGUGGGACGCUACCAUGUCCGCCUUAUAAACAAAACUGGGAUCUGACAUGCGCAGUAUGUACUGCAUGAAAAUAUUGUCACGUGAUAUGGCGUCCAAAGAAUAGAACGAGAUCGCUUCACAUCUUCACCUCACGUGACUUGGUGCCUCAAAAACUCAAAAAGACCUGCCUUCGCCAUGUAUGCUAUUUCAAUGAAUUGCCACGUGGUAUAACACGUGACUUAGCGCRCCGUUAAGAUUUGAUACUUCUCAGUUAGAGAUCAGAAGGCUUGUUACUCAACGCUGCGCAUGACCGAGACGCUACUGAUUCGUAUAAAGAUCAUUUACGUAAUUGAUGGCACCUUUGUUACGUGUACGUAAUUAUGCAGUUUAAACAAAAAAUCCAUUAUGGRUACAGCUACAAUUCAAGAUUAAUAUAUAUUGACUUGAUAAAUGAUAAUAUGUAAWUCACGCGAAGAAUCGUACGUAUUCUUGCGUUUCGCGCUGCUACGCAAAUGACUUAACGUUGGUGUUSUGUUAURUCAUGUUACGUAAAAGCGUAUGCCAAUGUGAUAACACUAGAGUGAGUUACGUUGGCAAUAAUACUGUAACAUCUUUAGGGAAAACACUUAUAUUACACCGUAAAAGAUUCGUAAGGUCACUGGAAAAAAUCGCGCGCUUUAAAGGUUGUAAAUUUGAUGUAAAUAUGAUGUAAGUGUCCAAAAUUCWGUAAAUUUGAUGUAAAUGAUUUCCAUUAAAUUUACAGAAUUUUGGACACUUACAUCAUAUUUWCAUCAAAUUUACAACCUUUAAAGCGCGCGAUCUUUUCCAGUGGGUACGUCUACACGGAAACGCACGACAAAAAUAUCAGRGUUCCGUUCCGUUUUUAUUGUAUUAGAUUGAGUAUUGAAUAAUUCUACAAUGUAUAUAAACUUAGAGGAAUUGUUAAAAAACAUGAAAAGAUAACACUAAUCUUGAAAAUAACAUCUUAACAAAAAAAUAGACUUUAUGGAAGGUUCUCAGAGUGAUCGAACUUAAUUAAACCGUGCAACUCUACAAA